AUGUCGCUCAGUCGGUUCUUGUGUCCUUCAAAUAUUCGGGCAGUUGUUCCUGUUCGUUUGGCGCACGCUUCAAGUAAUUAAUAAAAUUCUCGUGCAAUUUUUGAAUGCAUUUAAUGAUUCAAGGUCAUCGGGAAAAAGUUCCUAUUUUCAGACAGUUCUCGAUGAAUUAUAUUUUAAUUCAUUUUAAAAGUUUCUAGAAACUUUAGAGCAAAUUUUAGGAAAGUUAUUUGUUAGUGUCUCGCGAUACGAAGAAUUUGCUAAAAUAGCUUUUGAAAAGUUAAAAAUUCGAAGAAGUUGCGUUAUCUCAUUUUACCAAUUGAGAUGUUCCCUCCGCCGUUUCUACAGAUGACCAGCCCAACUAUUUCCAGAAAAUCGCCUACAGGUUCAAAGGUAGUUUUUAUAGAAACAAACUUCAUAAUAGCAUUUUAAAUUUAGGGAUCCCACUGAAAGGCGAAACUGAGGCUCCAAAAAGUAUGUUCGACGCCGUCGGAAAGGAAUGGUCGGCGCCUGAGCCGCUCCCUGCGAUUCCCAAAGAUUUCAAGGAACAUCCGGAUCGUGACUUGGUUUUCAUAUUGAAUCAAUUUGAACGAAAUUUUCGAAUUUCAGACGAAUUAUCCGUACCCGGCGCGUCCGAUGUACCCACCAAAGACUCGGCUUCUGAUGAUGCCCGAUUCGUGGUUCACGGCCUUCCAGAAGGUCACUGGAGUUUCUGGUGAAAAAAAUCUCCCAUAAGUAAAAAAAUAUUGAUAUUUCAGGCCCCUAUCUUUUCUUCGGCGGUCUGUUCGCGUUCCUGGUCAACAAGGAACUUUGGGUCUACGAGGAACAGGGUCACAUGACCGUGGGAUGGAUCCUUUUCUACUUGCUUGUUUCCAGAAGCGCUGGAUGUAUUUAAUAUGACAAAAAAAAAAAGAUGGAUUUUUUUAGACAAAGUUGACAGUUGGCUGUACGGUGAGUAUCAGAACCGCAUGAACUACUUCAAGGGACUUAUCGCCGAAGAUUUGAAAGAUGCCGUCGAGUUCCGAAAGGUUUCGAUUGAUUAGAAGACGAAAAUAAAUCCAAUGGUUUUAAAGUAGAUCUAGCUUUCUGUAGAAAAUAUUUCUAUCGCUUGUUGCUUGACACUUAAAAUUCGAUUUGUAGGUCUAUCGGUCUAGUUUUCAGCUGAUUUCGAAUGAAAAUAAUGCACAGACUAGGUGAAAUCCCAUUUCUAACUUUAUAAAUCUUUAUCUUCUUCAGAAACUCGAGAAUUUGGUCAUUAUUUUCUACACCUUUGUUUAUAUAAUUCAUUAACCAAAAAGACCACUCGAAUCGAAAAAUUUGCGAGCAGCUGAAAAGUUGGAAUAUUUGAUUGAAAAAUAAAAUUCAGAUGUCAGAGCUAUUUUCAGUUGAAGUUUAAAAUUUUUAAUCUUGUUAUAUACGUUCUUUCUUGGACUUAAGGAGAGUUAUUGCGAGUUUUAAAAGUUUUAGGUUUUUUCUCGAGUUUAUCUGAAAAUGCAUGACUUGAACACUUGAAAUUUUUGAUAGUUCAGAGGUUUCCAAUAAAAAAAAGUGCAUUAACUUCAGGUAAUGUGCACUAAAUUCUAUUUCAAAGUUAUAUUUCUAAUAAUUCAAAUCAAAAUAAUUUCUUUAAAUUUGAAUUAAUUCACGCAUGAAACAAAGAACUUUAUUUAAUUUUGUAUUGAACCAAAAGUUUCCAAUUUCUAGACCUCCGCCGAAAAGACGGAAUCUCUGAAAGCGGUCCGUGAGUCCAUUCCGACGGCCCUCAAGGAAAGCAUGCAGCUGCAGUUGGAGGCCAGCUAUAGGUUGCUCACUGAAUAUUAAUUCCUAAUAAAACUCGAACGAACUCAGGAAAAACAUUGAGAACAUCUCGACGGAAUUGAAGCGACGGCUGGACUACUUGAAGGAAACUGAAGCGGCCAAGGCACGUUUCGAAAAGGAACAACUGAUGAAACUCAUCUCCUCUGCGGUUAAAUGUCCUUUUCUUCCCAUUUUCAACCCUGUUUCCAGGUCGACAAGGAAAUCCACCAGGCUUCCUUCAAAGAAAAGUACCUGGCCAACGCGAUCCAACAGCUCCAAGGCCUCAACGUCAAGGCCUGA